GUGGUAUUGAGCUUGACAAUAUUUUUUAGAAAAAGUCAGUGUUGGUUUUCUUUUCCACCUAUUCACUUCAGCUGUUCCAAUAGAGACUAUCCGGUAAAUUACAUUUUUAUAAACUAUAGAGGCUUCCAUUAAUUGUUUUGUUUAAGUGGUCGUGUUACUAAUCUUUUCUAAAUGCUUUUGUCAGAAAGCGAAGACUAUUUAAAAUCAGCAGUUAAUAGCUGUACUAAUUUGUUUGUGAUUACUUCUAUUAUUUCCUUAAGCUGAAGUCUGCUACGACAAGUAUGGAUGCUUUAGCAAUGCAGCACCUUUUGAUCAUCGCUUUGCCUUUCUGCCACUACCACCAUCGGUGAUCUCGCCAACGUUUGACCUCUACACCAGGUCCAACUUGGAACAGCAAGAGACAAUUAACGAUUAUGACCUAAACAUGCUUCAGCAGUCUCACUACAAUAAAACUAGGAAAACUGUGAUUGUCGUGCAUGGAUUUAUUGGUAUGUAACAUUAUUGCUACGUAUAGAAAAGACCCCAACCCUCCGAACUCGUACCUGUCCUUCUAAUAGCUCGAACGACAAUGAUCUCAAAGAAGUUUCCAAAGCAACCUUAAGAAAAGAACUUGAAGACGUGCAGAACGUCACAAUUAAGAACCAAAGGUUGGCCUUUUGUUGGUUGUUAACGGAUCAUUAGCUCAUCCCACCCAUCCACAACACCAAAAAAACUACUCUUUUACAAUCGUGGUCGUUUCGCCCAUUGGCAUUCGCUAGGACUUGAAUCGAUUCGCCUGAUGACAUGCAACUACACUCUACUACAUGGUGAACCUACUUCUCCAAGAUAUUAUUUUAGUUAAUCUUGGAUUCCACAUCAUGGUGCAGUCCCUGUCUUUCCAUGGUUAUUCGAUCCUUUUUCUCAGGCUUAAAGAACGACAAAUACACAUCGGGCCAAUCGACUUAGUCUGGGCUAAUCAACCUUCGGGCGAAACGACCUGAUACCUUCUUUUACAGCCAGUUGACCAGUACCUUUCCAAGGCGGCUUUCUGAUUGGUCCGUUCUGCUUCGCAACGAGCGUACCGGAGAGUACUGAGCGGAAAUAGGACACGUUUUCAAAGAGGCCCUGUGAUUGGUCCGUUUUGUCAAGCUUUGUUUCGCGUCUGCUUCACCCAAAGAAUCGAUCAAUACAUAAGUACAUGUGCAUGGUAUCCCUUGCUUUGCAGCUGCAAUCCUUUGAUAUUUGAAUGGAUUUUUCUAAAUACCGUCUUGCCUUAUUCCAACAAGAGUUGCCUAGCAGACUCCCUUAUUUAAAGAGAUGGCUCGUUUUAGACGGUCUGUUAAGUUCCAACGUUUUCUAUGGUUGAUAUAAAACGCGCGCUCAACUGUCCUAAUCCUCUACUUGAUAACGUUGAAACCAACCAAGCAAUUCUUCAACAAUCAUUUUUAUGGCUAAUCUUGCAGAGCUCCAUCCGAGCUGGAUGACGCGAAUGAAAGAUGGUUUGUUGGGAAAACUUGACUGUAAUGUUAUUCUUGUGAACUGGCCCAAAGGAAGCUUACCUCCGUAUGCUCAGGCCACAGGGAACACUCGCCUGGUAGGAGCCAUGAUAGGAGAGCUGAUUAAGUUCCUCAUUUCUCAGACCCAAGGUUCUGCGGACCUCUUCCAUGUGGUGGGAUUCAGUCUUGGAGGUCAAAUCGCUGGUUACACUGGUAGUCAUUUGAGGAAGGCGGGAUUAACGUUAGGGCGGAUUACAGGUAAUAAUUAUCCAUGUGUUUUUCCUAUUUUUCGUGCUGUGUGAAACAUUGCAAGGUCCAGCCCACCCUUUGUACUUGUACUACAUGACGGCUUGAAAAAGAAAUAGAUCGUCUAACAAAAGGUCCGUGUAGAUGGUAACCACGUCUUAAAAAAAUACUACUAUAAUCAGCGUGUUUGCCUAGAGGGAUAUGGAAAGCAGUACUGCUCUUACUUUGAAUUUUUGCAACUCUUAACUCCUUUCACACCAGACGUUUGUUGACAAUUAAAGGAGAAGUCAACCCGUCAGUUUAAUUAAAUAUUCAGCGUUCAGCAUAACACUUUUCACCUAAAUUUUUCGACAAAUUAUGAUUGUAUGAUUGUAGGACUGGAUCCAGCAGGACCACUCUUUGCUUCAACUCCUCCAGCGGUUCGACUGGAUCCCAGUGAUGCUACAUUUGUUGACGUCAUUCAUACAGAUGCCAAGCGAUGGGGAAUAGAGCAGUCUUGCGGACACAUAGAUUUCUAUCCCAAUGGAGGGGUAGACCAAGUGGGCUGCCUUGAUGUGACCACUGGUAAUUUACUCUCCGGUUCUUUUUCUUCAAAACAAUUUCAGCCAAACUAAAAUAUAAAGGACGAAGGAAUUUGAUUUUACUUUUCACUUAAAUCACUGUAUUGUCUUCAAAAUGUUUUGAAAUUUUAGGUUACUAUCUGCAUCAUGACACACGGCAAGCCCAAAGGAUAUCUCGUCUUAUUGCGUUAAAUAUUUAGAAACAUUAUUGCGCCGUUCUAUCCGCCUGAUCCGUAUCAAGUUACUGAUUUUAGAACUGAUCGUCUGUUUCAGGUUGGGGACCCCUCAAUCCGGUCGUGUGCGAUCACUUUCGCGCCACAGACUAUUUCAUCGAUUCACUGUCACCAAAUUGUACGCAUGCCAUGGAAGGAUUCCCUUGCAGUAACGCUGAUGAUUUUGACCGCGGUCGCUGUCUUAAAUGCAAUGGAACGUGCCCUAUCAUGGGGUACAAAGCUGUGAAGAGUAAAAAUCAUCAGAUUCAUGGCAGCCACUAUUUAUACACUGCAAAAGGCUCUCCAUUUUGCGGUAAAUGC